AUGAAGAGAGAGCGCCGGCACCACAGCCUGGCCGCCGUCAUACCUGUUGGUCGCCUCGCCCGGCACACGCCUUGCUCCCCGCUCGGGCGCCGCCGCGAGGCCUCCCUGGCUAUCGGGACGCCCUUUCUCGGGCCCCCUAGCUAUCGGGACGCCCUCGGUUCGGGUCCCAAGGCAGGUGUGGGGCUAAUCACCAGUGUGUGCGGUGCAGGAGAGGAGGCUGAGAGGACAGGUGACCUUGCCUUAACGACCCCGGCGGCGGCGGACAAAGAGACUAUGCCACCCGUCCCCCCGAGCCCCGCCGCGCCCGCCCCCCUGUGCCCCCCCGAGGCUGCCCCCCUGGCGGCGCGGCAGCGGGCGGCGCGGGGGUAGGAGCCCAGGAGGAGGGGGAGCGCCACGCCCUGUGGGAUGCUAGCUAGCCCCCUGGGGAGGACGCGCCCCCCGCCCCCCCUCGGCCAGCCUCGUCAAGCCACACGCCGACAUGGGGACAAACGCACCGAAGGGCCGAGGGGACGCCGCCCCCGCCCGGCCCGAGGGGGAGAUGGACGCCCUGCUGCUGGGACGCACGAGAGAUCUCAAGGUUGGCCCCGCGGACCCGUCACCCCGCUGUCCCCGCUGUGGCUGUGUGUCUGAGUGUCGUAAUGUGGCUCCCGCAGCACAUCGCUACCACCACCGCUACCGAGGCGCACCACUGCCACCAUUGCUACCAAUCCACCACCACCACCACACCAUAGCUCCUCCCCACCCCACCCACCACUUUAUACCGUUCCAUGCCCACCCCGUCUACCACCACCAACCACUACCACCGCCUCCACACCACAAUUUCAAUACCGUUCCCUCCCCACUCCAUCCACCAUCACCACCACAACCACCACCACAACUAUGGGUGAAAUGGACGACGGGGACUUUCUGCCCCCGUCAUCAAUAUCAUCCACAACUCAUUGAUUCACUCCACUCCAGACAAGUCUCCUUUUCCUUCACGUUC